AUGGGGAAGAACUCAUUGCCGCCGGGGUUCCGAUUUCAUCCUACGGAUGUCGAGUUGGUCAUGUACUAUUUGAAGAGAAAAGUAAUGGGGAAGAAGAUAUCCUUCAGUGCCAUUGCCGAAGUAGAUAUAUACAAAUAUGCUCCUUGGGGCUUACCCGAUCUCUCUUGUUUGAAGACUGGGGAUUUGAAGUGGUUCUUCUAUUGCCCUGUUGAGAAGAAAGGGACCAGGUUCAAUCGUGCAACUACAGACGGUUAUUGGAAAACUACAGGGAGGGAUAGGCUUGUGAAGCAAAACAGGGAGGCUGUGGGUUCAAUUAAGACUCUGGUUUUCCAUCGAGGGAAAGCACCACGAGGCGAGAGAACAGAUUGGCUGAUCCACGAGUACAGGCUCAAGGAGAAAGACGACGGUUACGUGCUCUGUGUCCUAUUCAACAAGGAUGGUAAGGGCCCAAAAAAUGGUGCUCAAUAUGGUGCACCAUUCAAAGAGGACGAUUGGACUGACGACGACGACUCUCCUUCCCCUGUCUCUGUCCCAGAAGCUGCUGAUGGCGGUACCUCUUAUUUCACUGACGAUUUAUCUGCUGAUCCGACCACAUCGGACUGUCCUCAAAUUCCCCCGGUUGCUGAUGCUAUGGUGGAGGAGAUUUCAUGCGGCGAUGAUGAGGAGUUUUCAUUGAUGGUUACAUCAUUCGUAGAUGAUGUCAACCCUUCCCAAUAUUCUUUGUAA